AUGCCCUCGGGGACUGUGCCUGUCACACUGCUGCUUCUUGCCCAGGUGGUGUCCGUAAGCCUUGAGGCCAUCCAGUGCCCCCCAUGUUCCGAGGAGAAGCUGGCACGCUGCAGGGCGCCCCUUGGAUGUGAUGAGCUGGUACAGGAGCCGGGCUGUGGAUGCUGUGCCACUUGUGCCUUGGCGAAAGGGAUGCCCUGCGGGGUCUACACGCCUCGCUGCGGCUCUGGGAUGCGCUGCUACCCGCCGCGGGGGGUGGAGAAGCCCUUGCACACACUGAUGCAUGGCCAAGGGGUGUGCAUGGAUCUGUCUGAAGUGGAAGCGAUCCAGGAAAGCAUCCAGUCCACAGAGCAGGAUGAACCUGAGCUCCCCAACAACAACUUUAGCCCCUGCAGUAGCCAUGACAGAAAGUGCCUCCAGAAGCAGCAAGCAAGAGCACGUGAGAGGCUGAGCACAGUUGUCAAGAUGAGAAACAGUGGGAACCUCCCUAUUCGGGAGGACACUCGGCCAGUGGUCCAAGGCUCUUGUCAGAGUGAACUUCACAGAGCUCUGGAGAGAUUAGCAGCUUCCCAAACCCGGACCCAUGAGGACCUGUACAUCAUCCCCAUCCCCAACUGUGACCGCAAUGGGAACUUCCAUCCCAAGCAGUGUCACCCAGCAUUGGAUGGGCAACGAGGGAAAUGUUGGUGUGUGGAUCGGAAAACUGGGGUCAAGUUGCCAGGAAGCCUGGAACUGAAGGGAGAUCUGGAUUGCCAUCAACCUGUGGAUGGAGCGCAGGAGUGACUUGACUGAUGAUAAAGUGGACAAUAAGGAUUUCCUUGACAAGCUGCCAAGGAAACCAAUGGUGCUGUUUGAUAAGCAGAUGGAGCGCAAUGGGGACAUUAUUACAAUGGUUUCUUUGGAGGGGAGUGAUAAUGGCAGCAACAUCUACUCCCCUCCAUACCUGCAUUAAUCCAAGCAUGACGAGGCUUAGCCAACUUACAUCUCUCUGAUGUUUAAUUUCAUAGCAGUUUGCAACCAUGGUUCUCUCUUCACAGACUCUGGAAACGACAUUCCGUUUGUGUGACCACAGAUGACAAAAAGCCCCAAGAGCUUUAACCUUAAGUACUUGGAUGGAUUCAACAUCCAUUUCCUUGGAACAGACCUGUUUUGCUUUUGGCACAAACCGCUGGAGAAUUGCUUCUUCUUCAAAGGUUUCUGCUGAGAAAGGGAAAAGAGGAAGGAUGAAUGAUAGAGGAACUUUCCCCAUGUUUUUGGGACCUCCACAAAGCUAAGCAGGCUAAAUAGUGCCUGGAGACCCUCCAGUCCUAGGAUACUUUGGGGGCAAGAGAUAACUUAAAUUGGGGGUGGGGUGGGCAGAGAUAAGCUUAUUGACUUGUUUUCCAUGCCAGGGCUCAGUCCUGGAACAUAUGAAGCAAUACUAAAGAACAUAGUGCUUUUGAACAUGAACACCUCCCCGGCCAGAUCGUCAAACACAACCUUCUCUUGCUCUGCGUUUCUAGAUUAGGAUGCAGGAUUUCCAGGCAAAUUAUGAGGCUUCCAAGCAAGUUUGGAAGCUCCUCCUGCUUUUCUUUUGAGAAUUAAUUAUGUUAUUAGAGCCUACUGAAAAACAAACACAGGGAUGCAUCAGAAGGCAGGCCCAGGCCAUAAACAAAGCACCCUACAGAAACUUCUGAAUUAGAAAGCCCUAACCAUUUUAAAUGAGAAAUAAGUGAAGAGAAACAUACGAGUAUAAUUUGCAUGAUGUUGUCUCCCUUUCUGAGCAGUGGAGGAUUCAUUCAGCUGAGGAAAGAGAACUGGAGUUGGAUGCCCAGUCUGACAUCCUGAGAAUCUCCGUUUUCAUUCUUGAAAAGAGACAGCUAGUUUCUAGACAUACAGGCUGCAGAAAUGGGCUUGAUGUUGUGUAUUGCGAAAGCAAUGCAGAGUGAAAUUUCAGAUGCCUGGGAGCUAGGGGCUGAACAGAAUUUCCAGGACAGAGGUAGGGCUUCAACAUGUUGUUCUUCCUCUGCGCCUGCUAAUUAAGCAAAAUAGGAAGAGAAUAUACAAAAAUGGCUUAAUUUGUAUAAUUUAUAUAAAGAGCAGAAUGCAGCUUUACUUGCACAUACUUUGUUGUUAUUGAAAAGCAGAGUACAUAUAGCACAGUUGCAAAAAAACAGCAUCAGCAUGGGUGAUAGCAAGGCAAAAUCCAAGCAGACACUCAAGACUAUAAACUGUCCAGAGCAUACUAGGCUGCUUCCGAUCAGCCUUAGCAGCAUGCAGCCCAUCCACAUUCAAACUAGCUUUCCCUCAGCUUUCAGUCCUCUGGGGAAUUUCUAUGCAUUACAACCUCCUGUGCAGAAAAGGUAGUGCCAGAAGACGCUUCUUGCUAUAGGACAAUGGUGUGCUUCAUCUAAUGAGAUUCCUCCAUUAACCAGUGAACUCCAUCCUACAGGAUUAGGCAGUUCUCUGCAUGGCAUAGUAUCCAAUUUCUUUCUGCACCAUCACAAUAAAUGUGCUACAAUCCACAAUCCAGAUGUCAGGUAGUACUUCUGUCGAGGAGAUACUGCAUUUCCCCAGAAUGGGAUGCACUACAUUUUGUACCUGGACAAAUAUUACUAACUCCCACAGACAGUGAAAUCCAUUCCUGUUAUCACUGCCCAUGCAGAAUGUGACUGUCCCAACUACAAUAAGCUCCUACUGGAUAUUUCCUGGUAUUCAAUUAGUGAAAAAUGACAUAUGCUGUGCUAUGUUGUGAAUUUUUUUGUUUGUUUGUUAUAUCAUAUGCUUAACAGUUCUGUGUUCUUUGUUGUAUAAUCACAGCAUUGGAGCAUUCAUUAGUUUUGUUUUUAAGCCUGAAGAGUAGUCCUCUCCCCAUUCUGCCAUAUCAUUACUUUGGGGUUUACUGGCUGUGCAUUCCUUCACUGUGCAACACCAAUGCUGCAGUGCCCACCCAGCCCUAUUUGUAAAAAAGAAAGAAAAAACAAACAAAAAAGCAAAAAAUUAUGGAGACUGCCUAUUCCCCUCCUCCUGCUGGAGGCAAGGUAUAAUGGAUCGGGGCUUGCAGAAGUAUUACACUAAGUAUAAAAUGUGAUCUUGGAGGACACACUUACUCUGAUAAUGCAAAAAGAUCUAUAUAAUGUGUGUUUUUAAUGUGCUGAAACCUGCCAAUAGAAGGAAUAACAAGCAAAGAACAUUAAAUUGUUUUUGUGAAGAAAAGACACGUUAUAACAUAUUCUGAAAUUGUGAAUUCAUUUUCCCAUAGAUAAGAUCAUGUUUGUGUGCUGCAUCCAAAAACUACAAAAUGUCUAGCACCUC